UUUUUUUUCCAAUCUUCUCCUCCCAAACUUUUCUUACCUUCUCCUGAAAGUCAUGACAAGUCUCAGAGAGACUGAGCGGAGAGACGCGAGGAGGGCUGAAGGAAGGAGGGAACCAGCCUGAUCUCAGCUGUAUGAAUCUCUCUCUGAGCAGCUGAGAGCCUGGUGUUGAUCCGAAGCUGUGUGUGCUGAAAGGUCCUGAAAAAUGGCUCAGUCGGUACAAGUGAACCCGAAGCUGCCUGAUCUGGGCUCUCCGUUCAUCUACUCCAGCCAGGAGGAGGCUGAGCAGCAGGGCUCCUACUCCGUCCAGACUCCGUACGGUUUCCAGCUGGAUCUGGACUUCCUCAAAUAUGUCGAAGAGAUAGAAAGUGGGCACAACCUCCGCCGGGCCCCCGUCAGCUCCCGCCGGCCCGGCCGAGGGCUGAAGCUCUCCCAGAGGAGCGUGGGGGGGCGGACCAGCGGCUGGACCUCCACAGAGUCUCUGGCGUCUCCGGCCAGCGAGGACGGCAGAGCUCCGCCGCCACCGCCGCCUCGUAACCGCCUCGGCUCGGCGCCCUGCGAGGUGCUCUCUCUCUCCCCCGUCACCCUCCUCAGUGCUCCUCCUCUGUCUGCAGGAGCUAAGGUGCCACCUCCUCCUCCGCUGCGUAACCCCCGAGUGGAGCGGACGCUCCUGGAAACCAGCCGGAGGCUCCAGCAGGAGCAGACCCACCAGCAGCAGAACGGCGGGCGCCUCCAGCUGGCAGAUCCUCCCAAACCGCUCCAACCCACCCAGUCCUCUCAGCCCCUGCAGAGCAGCUGGACCAAACCCAGUCCUCAGACCUCGGGGCGCAGCACUCCAGCCACCGGAACCACAAUGACUCCGAUCCCUCCGAGCCAGCUGCAGACCGUCAGGGAGCAGAUGGCGACAGCCUUGAAACAGCUGAAGGAGAUGGAGGAGAGGGUGAAGGGAGUUCCUGCCCUGGAGAGAGAGGUGGCCAAGCUCCGAGCUGAGAAGGACAUGCUGCUGUUAGCCCUGCAGGAGAAGAAGGAAGCCAUAGAGGCAGCGCAGCAGAAGCAACAGUCCACAGAGUCUUCUACCCAAACCACAGAGAUCCUUCAGACCGACCACGGCCUCCACAGCCGCCUGGCGGCGCCGGCAUCACCUGGCCGGAAAGGCCUCGUAAAAUCUGGAGAGCUGAAAAGGCUGACUGAGAAAUUUGAGGGGAAGGAAGAGAAAGCUGCAGAAGCAUCAGCAAAAGUUUUAGUAAAAGCUCCAGAAAAAGUAUCAGUGGUUGAGAAGAAGUCGGUGGCUGUAGGCGACGAUGUGCCGAUGGACUGUGUGGUGUUCUACCACCGCCAGAGUAGGAAAGAUGCUUCUGAGGGCACCGAGGUCACCGUCUGUGAUCAAGGCACCGGGACGGAGGCGCCUCUGGUUCACGAGGAGGGAGUUCAGGCCAGCGUGGAGACCGGAGACGCUGAGGUCUGGGUGAUGGAGUCUCUCCUCGGGGUGACCAGCGAAGCUCAGAGGGAGAUCGACACCUUACAGGACACCAUUAAGUUCCAGCAGGAGUCCAUCGUGGCUCUGGAGGAGCGGCUCAGCGUGGCCGAUAAAGACAUGGGGGUCCUUAAAGCCCAGGUGGAGGAGAAAACCUCCAAAGUCACAUUUGAGAAGGGGGUUCUUGCAAAACCAGACAUGGUGAAUGCUCAGGUGGAGACGUUUACUCCUGCAUUGAUCCAUGCUGCUGUGUCGUGUCUUCCUGAGGUGAAGGACGCUUGUGUUGGUGAGAACUUCUCAGCAGAUCAGAUGGACCAGUUCACCCAGACUGAAGCUGCUGCAGUGGAGGCAGCAGAACCAGCUCCUGCUGCAGUGGUCAGCACGGGCUCCCAGUGGGAGAUCCUGUUUGAGGAAAAGCUGGAGCAGCAAAAAGUUUCAGUCCCGAAGAAGAGACAGCUGACCAUCGCUGAGUACAAAGUCUCGCCAGGAGAAGAGAUGGUCAGCGCCGCCGAGAGCAGAGAAGAAGACGGAGCAGAGAAGACGGCAGCCGGUAGCACCAAGACAGGUAUGCUGAAAUCAAUCAUGAAGAGGAAAGAUGGAAGUAACUCUGAGAAUCGCACCGCUGGCAAGAAGAGUCUGCAGUUCGUUGGCAUCCUAAAUGGAGGGUAUGAAUCUACAUCCAGUGAAGAUGAAGAGGAAGAAGAGGAGGAGGAAGAGGAAGAUGGGAGUUCUUCUGGAGAAAGUGGAGAAGGCGAGUGCUUGGACAGCACGGAGGAAGACGAGGCGGUUCUGGAGGAAGAAACAUCAGAGGAAGAAAGAAACGUCAACCUGGACGAGAGCGACACUGACGAGGAAACUCUGAGAGCUGAAAUCUAUUCACCCGAUGCUGUCAAAGAGAAGUUUGAGCUGAGCUCUAAGAUGCGUGAAGCGUGCCUCAUUCUGAAGAACCACCUGAACGAUGACAUCACAACACUGAAGAGUAAGGAAGUGCUGUCCAGCAGCCACACCGUCCAGCUGGAGUGGUUCCGGAUCUCCAGCGCUAAGAUGGCCCAGUCCUGCCGGGUCUCCGACUACCUGAUGGCGUUCUCCGAGGUGUCGUCUGUGCUGCUGCAGCACGUCGUCAACAUGACCGACGGCAACGGAAACACGGCGCUCCACUACAGCGUCUCACACUCCAACUUCGGGGUGGUGGGGCUGCUGCUGGACACAGGAGUGUGCAGUGUGGAUAAGCAGAACAAGGCGGGCUACACGGCCAUCAUGCUGGCUGCUCUCUCCACGGUGAAGGAGGAGGACGACAUGGCCGUGGUCAAGAGGCUCUUCAGCCAGGGGAACGUCAACGCCAAGGCCAGCCAGGCGGGCCAGACGGCGCUGAUGCUAGCCGUUAGCCACGGCCGGCAGGAGAUGGUGCGCGCGCUGCUGCAGUGCGGCGCCGACGUCAACGUGCAGGACGACGAAGGAUCCACGGCGCUGAUGUGCGCCAGCGAACACGGCCGGGCUGAGAUCGUCAAACUGCUCCUGGAACAACCUGGCUGUGACAUCUCCAUCAUUGAUAACGACGGCAGUAACGCUCUGUCCAUCGCUCUGGAGGCGUCUCACAAUGACACAGCUGUGCUGCUCUACGCCCAUAUGAACUAUGCCAAGACCCAGCCGGCUGUGGCCAGUCCCCGGAGCCCCACCAGUCCCCACAAGCCCUGGCCCUCUGACUGAAGGGACCAGACCAGCAAACUCAACUGGAUUUGAGCUGUGACAAGCUCCACUGGAAUUUACUUAAAUAUAAAUGUAUUUAUAUAUUGCCAUAUGUCCUGCAUUUAUAAGUAUUGUUAAUAUGAGAAUAUUAUUUUUCCAUAAAGUCGUGAAUGGUUAUAUAAUAUACUUGACUAAUAUGAGUUCCUAGCAUAUCUACCAGAGGUCACCAACGCUUGUUGUUGUUGUUGUUGUUGUUGUGACAGGAGAUGAGGCCUUUACACUUAUUAUUUGCACUCCACUAAUAUUUUUACUGUUGGGGGCAACACACACCAGUUCGAUGUGAUGCAUGUCAGAAAAACUACAGCCAUAAUUUUCCAUUGAAGCCCAAACACUGACAUCAAAACAGACGUCAGGAUACCUCACAGAAACCAAAUAGCAUGCAUUUUUUACAUGCAAAACAUGCAGAUUAUUGACUGAAUGGUUUGAAACAUCGUGCUACUUUAUCUCACUACUUCUGUUAGAAACAUCACAUGACACACACACACUGUGUGUGUGUUGCCUCUUCUUCUCUUUCUGUUUGUCUUUGUUAACUGAUCUGUGAACCUCUUCACCUUUGUAAUCUGCACUGUCUGUGCAUUGUAUGUUCAUAUAAAUAUAUACAUAUAUGUAUUCAUGUCUAAAAUAAACAUUUACAU